AUGGGAGUCGUUGCAACAAACCAGAUAGUGCUCAUGUGGCUGCUACUCGUCAUAGAAUCCCAGAUUGUGAGCUUCCAGCCAACCAGAAAAGAUAGACAGUUGUCAAUUCUGGUGCGAAGAUCACAUACCUACAACUUGAUGAACAGGAGACUCGGUAACCCAGAGACUUCGUGUCUAGAUGACUUUAUCCUAGCAGUGGCAAUUGCCGGGAGCUGUGAGCGUCGAAUGGGAAAUUCGCGGGGUGCAGACCAUCACAUUGCCGCCGUGAAGAAGCUUCUUGACCUUCGUGGCGGACAUAAGGCUGUCCGGGAGAUCGCUUAUCCUACAGGGUUAAUGAUAGUUAACAUACUCGUUGAGAACGACAUCCGAUGCUUCUUUACCUGUCGGGCGGGUCUCAUGCUACAACUCUCCGACCUGGUGCAGAAACUGCUGAAAAUCCAGACCUGGAAUACCGACAUCAGAUCCCGCAGCAAUCACACUUCGUUGAAAGAGCUGCGUCACCACGAUAGAUCAGAUAUCAUGGCUGAGCGAGAUGUGCUCGUCACCAAUUACUCCAGCAGACGGUCAAGAGCCUUUGAUAAACGGUCGGCCUUGUUUCACUAUGUGGCCAUUCCGCCGGAAGAAUUGGAAGAAGACCAAUGUCGAUUUUACCUGGGCAUUCUUUUUGCCAUCAACACUACACUAUGGGCCUUUCGUGACAGCGAGAAUACCAGUAUCGCAUAUCUGCAAGGGUUGACGAACGCGGUCGAGCUGAGCGCACCCGCCAAUUUUGUCCUUCGAGCAGGCGGGUCUAAGCUUCCAUCCUUGUUGAUGCUCCUCAUGAUAGCUCAUCAUGCGGUUGCAAGAGAGGAACGGAAUUCGUCCACAAACACAGUGUUCGAAGUGGAAAAGGUCUUCGAGUUUGUCAACAUGAUCAUGAUGGCAAGUUCGGAGUCGAGGAGAUCAAUUCUGACUGCCAUGUCUUCCUGGCUGACUGCCGGAAUCAGCAGUUUGGAAGACCUCUGCUACCUCAGCCCAACAAGACUCCACCUCCUAGAAGAGGAAGUGGAGGAUCAAUGGUUGUCAGACCACAAGGUCCAACUUGGAGCCCGAUCAGAUGUCUGGCCAUAA